CAAUCAAAAUUUAGUGUUGUUUUACAGUCGUCAUCGCCGCGUUUUCUCUUUCUCUCUCUUCAACUCCACCUUCUCCAACCUUCUAUCCCCUUUCCCGGUCACUUUUUCUCCUGCUUUUUUUUUUCUCUCUCCUCUCCAACUUUACGGCGUCGUUCUCAUUUUCUCUCUCCUACGACCCCUACAUUUCUGCUCUUCUCAACUCUCGAUCUUCACUGAAGCUCAUAAUUCAUCGAUUCAUCGAAGUGAUUUUGCACUUGUUCAUGCUGAGAAGAGAGAGAAAUUCGAAAAUUGAAGGUGUAAGUAUUGUUAAUUAUUCAUUUUUAGUGGUUUUUUUUUUGUUGGAAGUAGAUUGUUGAUGAAAUACUGUUGUUGCUGAAAAUUUCGUCAAGAGAAUUUUGGUUUUGAGUUUACUGAAUCAACGGGAGUUUGAGCACUUGAGGAAGAGCUCGUGUGCGAUUUAUAGUUAUUGUUUAUGUUUUAUAUGAACAGUUGAUUAUUUAAUAAAGGAAAUGAGCAGAUUUGAGUAAAUAAAGGAGGUUCAUAACAAUUGAAUUCUUGAUCUAUUAUAUUUCUAGGGUUUUAUGAUCAAUUUUAGGGUUUUGUGAUCAAUUUUAGGGUUCUGUUGGAGGUUAGGGGUCUAUUGGAUUAGGCGGUGGUGUUUGGUAAAUGUAGUUCUGCUCAAUGCAUCAUUUGCCUAGGUUUUUAAGCAAUAAGAAGCUGAGUAAAAAAAUGGAGCAGAAUUCAUCUCCUAAGCCAAAGGAUCAGAGUUCAUCUCCCAGGCCGAAGCUUGUCCGAAGAAACGCUGCCAAAAACUUUGAGUAUACCCCUUCAACUUCAACAUCGCCAUCGGCUGGUGGUUCUUCAGGACCAAGAACACGGUCCCUUGACUUGAGCUAUGCUGGUAAUAAGACUAGCUUCCGUGUUGACGGAAAUGCAGGUGAAAUAGAUUUGAUUUGUCAGAGUUUAGGGCUUAGUGGACCUGAAGACUUUCAGAUUCCGGUGGCAGCUUUUGAGGCUAUGAAGAAUAGAUCAUCCUCUGAUGUUACUCCAAGGCCAAGAAAAGGUUUAUACGAUUCCGAGCCUAAAGAACCCCCAAAACAAGUGGAGGCUCAACAUUGGGUUUCCCCUUCGCCACAUAGAUAUGGAAAUAUAUUUAAGAAGAAAGAAGUCGCUGAGGCUGAUUGUGGCGGCAAUGAGCUAAAGCCACGUGGGGCUUCUAUACUCCCGGCUUUGGUUUAUAAUGGUGAAAAACCUGUUAUCAAUGGUGGAGGAAUCAAAGGUGAUCGUCCUCCAUCGCUGCUAACCCCUCCGCCGGCAAUGUCCCUUCCUGUUUUUGAUAAUGACUGCUCUACCUGGGAACUAUUUGAAGGAUUGGCACCUGAUGGUAAUGGGGCUUCUCGCUUUGCACAUCAUGGCAUGUCCCAAUCUUCUGAUGACGAGGAAGGAGUUAAUGGGGAGAACAUUAGGACAGAGGGAAAUCAUGGCGAAAGGAUUGGGGAAACUGUUACACUGUCAGGAUCUUGUUCUUUCACAACUACAAAUGAUGAUGACUCAUCCAGCUCGACCACGGAACCCGUUUCAAUUAUCUCCCCCAAUGGAGUGUGCAAAGUCGAUAUAACCCAGUGGGGAAAAGGUCGCCUACUAGGAAAGGGUUCUUUUGGCACUGUAUAUGAAGGAAUUUCUCGUGAGGGUUUCUUUUUUGCCGUAAAAGAAGUUUCGCUGCUGGAGCAAGGAAGUCAAGGAAGACAGAGUAUCUACCAACUUGAGCAGGAAAUUGAGCUGUUAAGCCAGUUUGAGCACGAGAAUAUAGUUCGAUAUCUUGGCACUGAAAAGGUGGACUCGAAACUAUAUAUUUUCUUAGAGCUUGUGACUCAGGGUUCCUUAGCAAAAGUUCAUCAGGAUUAUACUCUUCGUGAUUCUCAUGUCUCUGCUUACACAAGGCAGAUUUUACUGGGUUUGAAGUACCUUCAUGAUAGAAAUGUGAUGCACAGGGAUAUCAAAUGUGCUAACAUAUUGGUGGCUUCAAAUGGGACAGUGAAGCUAGCUGAUUUUGGAUUAGCAAAGGCAACCAGAUUGAAUGACUUGAAAUCUUGCAAAGGGACUGCAUUCUGGAUGGCACCUGAGGUUGUUAAUCGCAAGAAUAAAGGUUAUGGGCUGGCAGCAGAUAUAUGGAGCCUGGGGUGCACCGUCCUGGAGAUGCUAACUGGCCAUGUUCCCUACUUCCCUAUGGAGUUUGCGCAAGCAAUUUAUAGGAUUGGGAAGGGUGAGCCACCUGCAGUUCCUGAAAAUUUGUCCAAAGAUGCUCGUGACUUUAUAAAGCAAUGUAUACGUGUGAAUCCAGAUGAUCGUCCUACGGCUGCUGAGCUCUUGGAACAUCCAUUUCUGCAUAGACCACUUUAUACUGCUUUAGGCUCAGAGUCGCCUAUGAUGCGUGGCAGAUCAAUUUAGGACUCUUGUUACUUGUAUGACAAUGUGAGUAUUCUGUGGAGAUAGAUUUGAUCAAAAGCGCGAAACUGUAAAUUGUUCAUCUGGGGACUGGAGGUGCAACUUCAGCAAAGUAUCAAAUACUUGCAGGAAAUAUUUGAUUCCUAUGCAAGAUUAUCCAUCUGAAAGAAAUAUAAUAAAAAAACCAAAAAUGUCAGAGGGAGGAUUCUUUAUGCAUCAGACUCUAUAUGAGUUGUUAAUAAUUCUUGAUCUCGGCCUGCCAGCGUGCUUUGAUUCCUACCUCGCGUGAUUCCAACUCUUUUUUGGGGGGAGUACUAAUCUGCAGAUGGCAAACUGUAAUAUAAUAGUUUAGGGUUUGGUCAUUGGUGUUUUGUUUUGUAUUUAUGAUCUGAAAUUAGUUAGCAUAUGAUGAUGGAAUCUUAUAUGGAUGAGAACGUUCAUAACUGUUGUACUAGUAGAAAUUAGGGAGAUGGUUUCGCCUUUUUGUACAUAGAUGUAGUUUUUUUGUCAGAAGUUGUACUCAUUCAUUAUUGAGAUCUAUCUAUCAUGUGAUGAUUAUAUGCUUGUGCU